CGGCCACGAUGGGCGAUGAUUCUUUGAUAUUACGAGAAGAUGGUUAUAUACGUAUGCACUUUCGUGUUACUGCACUAACUUGUCACAGUAAUUUAAACAUAAUAUUAGUGAAGACUGAUGUUGGCGGUGUACACGUUUUGGAUGUGAACUCUGGUGUGAUUCUUCAGUCAUCCUGUUUAUCAGCGGAUGAUGGGGGCAUUUUGGGUGUGGAAUAUGCACCAGGAGCUGACCGGGUGUUCCUAUGGGAUAACAGUGGUGUAGGCGCUCGAACGGACUACAAUGGAGUUUUACUCUUACACACAGCCUUACAACGGCCUGUGUUUCCCGCACAGGCUGAUAAUUGCAAAGUCAGAAUUGAGCUAGUGUUGUCCGAGGCUGUUCUACUAUAUCAGUGUGUUCAAAACCUGAACUCAGAUUCUAUAGAGGGAUUAGCAGAUUUCACCAAGAAACUGAAGAGUGCAAUUGAUGCUGAACCUGUAAGGAAAGGUGUCAAAGCACAAAAAUGGAGUACAGUCACAAUCUCUUUACCUCACUCAACACUACGCCUCGUGAUGAUCAGUGCUGUUCAAGACUUGAAAGCACAAAACCGAAGGAUACCGGCUCUAGCUAUAGCAUCUGCAGUGGCUCAACAAGCUACGGACCUUAUGGUUUAUACAAAAGAAAUGAAGGGCUUGAUGUACUCGGAGGCGGAAAGAAAACGGACCUUUAAAAGAUGGCCGCACAUGGAUUACAAAUGGGCACUACCAGCUCGAAUGGCGCAAGCUGGGUUCUACCAUCAACCGUCUCCAAGUGGCGACGAUCGGGCCAUGUGUUUCACCUGCAUGGUAUGUCUUGUGUGCUGGGAGAAGUCGGACGAACCUUGGGUGGAACAUGAACGCCAUUCGCCAAACUGCCCGUUCGUUCGUGGCGAGUAUACGCACAAUGUGCCUAUAUCGGUAACCAAUGCUACAGCUUGCGCCGUCCCUUGUCCAAAUGUAAGGAUAGUUUCAAAAGGUAAUACAGGUGAUUUAAUAGCCACUGGGACACUAGAUGGAAAGGUCAACAUCUGGAAAUUUGACUGUGGCCUCAAAUUGGUCAAAUUUAUUCAUCUAUCACCGUAUGACUCUAUUUUUAGUGGGAUAUUGACAACAGAUUACAAUAAAGUCUGGUCGGCAAGUUUAGAAAAAGAUUCAUCUACUUAUGGCAUCUCACUAACGGCUAUGGCAUUUCUUGGUAUGGAAUCACAACAGAAAGCUUAUCCACCAGCACAACAUUCCGAAAACACAGAAAAAGAGGCCAAUACUACCAAACCGAAACCGUCCCUCGUCUGCGCUGUUAUAGUUACGCGCACAGUUACCACACCUACCAAUCAACCAAUCAAAGAUGAUUCGAGUAAAGCUUUAUUUGAUUCAGGAGUUCCUGAUAAGUCUCAAGAAAGUGUUAAGGCUAUGAAUGAUCAAAAUGAGGCCAAGAGCAAUUUUGCACCAUCAAACAAGAUGAUAUUCUUGUUAACUUAUGACAUACAUAGUUCACUAGCUGGCUCGAUCACGACAGUUGUUCACACAUCUAAUAGCAGUAGUGGAAAUUCUAAACCAGGUGGCAGUAAGAAAGUAUGUCCCGUACCGAGAACAGAUGAUGCUAGCAUAUAUGAUGACAUAUACCUUCAGUAUUCAGACGAGGACACGGAGCUACCGCAAUGCACAAGUAGUUUGUUGGAAGAACAAAUUAGCAAUGUAUUAAAUUUAAAUGCUUCAUCCAGUAAAGAGGACUGCAAGUUCUGGGAGGCAAAGAAAAUCAUUUUUACCAAACUCCACAAAGCAUUGCCACCACCACCUCCCACUGUUCUGUUGCCAGAGCUGCCAGAGACCGGACAAGGUAGUGUUCUAGAUUUCGUAGGCAAGGUUUCUCAACUCAAGAGUUGGAAAAGUGGACAUUUAGAAUCUGCGGGUACAAAGGUAGUAGAUCAAACUGAUGCUGUAACCAGUGAUCCUUUAUCGCAAUACUUAAACAUGAGUAAUGAAAAUGGUCCUUUGGAAAUAUCGAAUUUAAAAUGGUAUGUAGAUAGCGACGGUAUUGAGAAACCCUUGUCUGAUUUAAAAUGGCAUAUAGAUAGUGACGGUACAGAGAAACACGUCAAAGUGACGAUGUUCGGAGGUAUUAAGGUUGGAACACAAACGGCAGUGAACAACGGUAACAACGACGGUUUCGAUAGUGAUCCACCUCAAGAAGAAGCAGUAUCACAGGGAGUAGCAGUACAGUGUCUGAGCCUACCAGCCAAAUUGAAUACUAGAGAAGAUCCUAGAGUGACCCAUCUGUUACCUAUAGAAGACAAGCAACAUUUAUUGGUUGUUAUAUCCAGUAUUGAUCCUGAGAAGGUGAAAAUCGAAGAGGAAGUAGAUUGCGACAGUGAGACAAAAAUGGACGUCGACGAAGUUGGUGACCAACCAGAUAAGACUGACAAUUCUGACAUAAAAGCCUACUUUAUACUUUAUAAAAUCAAUAGUGACACUUCUAUAUACACAUUAGAAGAUAAUCCUAUAUCAUUUAUAGAGCUACCUUAUAACGAAAGUCCCGUGGACAUUUGUCUUCUGCCAGCCGAUAAACUUGGGCAGUACUCGUUUGCCUCGGUCGGUAUCGACGGCAGUUUGAGGCUUUACUUUUUACCUGAUUUUAAAAUAAUAUCAGAAAAACGAGUCUCUAAGGGGCAGUUCACAUCGGUUGUUUAUUGCGCUUCCGUUGAACGUCUCAGCGUUUCGACGAAACAUGGCAUGAUUUAUUUUUAUGCGCUGAACAAUGGCGAAAAGGAUUCAGGAAGCGACGUAAAUGAUGAUGAGUUUGCUAAUUUAGAUUUUGACAUGUUGCAAAAAGCGCCGCGGGACGAGGUAUGUGGUCCAACUUCUGCACCGGUAAUUAUAGCUAACAAGCCGGAAUUAGAUCACAGCGACCUAGAGACCCUUAUAUCUUUGACAGGUUAUUACGGCAUGAAUACUACAGUACCGUACAGUGCUGUGGUGCCAGGGUUUUGGUGUGAACUUUCGCCAGCUCAAAGAUCGAGAGAUCAUCAGAAUAACCGGUCGUGGCGAUUACAAAACACUUCCUCCACUUGGGACGAACACGUAUUAGAAUUAACGUUGCCCUAUAGCGCGUCCUUAGCACACAUAGAAUUUGGGUUUACCCUACAUUUUGCAAGUUCCGAAAACUUGCCUAUAAUACAAGUUACUUUGCUGAAGCAAAACUUGCAUGGUAUAGGUUACAAAAAGGAUGCCUCAUUCGGUCAGAGAGCUGAUUCUCCAGCACAUUCGCCUGUCAUAGAGGCAGAUGUGACAAAUCUUGAGAACCCUGUAAAUAGCGAAGAGUACUUACAAUCACAUAAUGCCGAAAUUUUGGCAGGUCCAUUGUUUUUAUCGUCCGGCUUAGAUGCGACUCAACAAUCCGGAACAUUGAUUCUUACUAGUCCUCGUUUAUAUCGGGCAAGGGGACGGACAUUCUUAAUACAUAUAAAAACAUUAUUCGAUCCAGCUAAAGAUAUGGCUAAGGGACCAAUAAAAUCGGCUGAGAACUCUUCGAAAAAAUUCUGUUUUAUCGGUUGCGAUUGGUUACAUCAAAUAUCUAUAACAGUCCGAUCGUGUCCACACACGGACGUGCCGAUGGAGAAGCAACAGCGCAUAGCAAUGCUAGAAUCAAACCAUUUCUUAAGCAAUCUAUGCAAAAUCGUAAUAAGCAAGGAGAAUAUUGAAAAGCGCAAACUGGCAUUAGAUCUUAUUAAUUGGGUCUUAUCAAUACGACUUCAACGUAUGCGUUUCACUAAAUCUGACAAUGGCAAAGAGAAGGACGCUGAGUGCACUACAAUAGAAACUCAACAGUUGGAGUGCAUUGACGUUAUCGAAGAGCAUACGGAAGCCUUUAUUAAAAACUGCAUACUUUGCGCGAAUAGAAGUAUCGCGAAGAAAUGUGUGAAAAUUAUGUUGAUCACAAGCGAGGGUGUGAAAGAGCUUCCUAAACGAUGGAAGACGACAUUCGACGAAACUUUAGUCAGCAGUGUCAUAUCUUGCAUCCCCCUUGUGGGCGCUUGCGAGUCGCCGGGUGCACUCAAGUGGCUUAUGGCGUUGGCUCAGCACUGCACUCGCGGUUCAGCCGCGCCCGCUCUCCUGGCGAAGGGCUUCUCAUUGCUGGAGAGGACGGCCCGCUGCUUACGGGAGCGUGCGGAUCCUUAUCACCACUUACUGCGAGCCAGGUUCGGCCUGUACGGACUGCCGCUAGAGAGCACGCGUUUUGGCGCAGAAGUGCCAGAGUUAGUGCGUGGUUCGCCCACGCCCGUCACCUACGCGAGCGUGCUUGCCGGGGAACCCCCUGCGCCUUUGCAGCCGGCCCCUCAAUAUUUACUCAAGGACAUGCUCAAUCAGCCUCUGGACUCCGUGGGCAUUAACAAAACUCAAGUUAACACUGAAAAAUAUCGUCUGUUAGAAGGUAAAACAAACAACAGUGCAUGGUGGGGGCUCGGUGACUUGGAAGCUGUGGCUGCUGGCUUGGGAGAGGCAACACCACUCCAUGUCACGUGCCAUCUCGCUUCAGAUGGCACUAAAUUAGAGACAGCCGCUACAAGGCAUCCACCCACCGUUGUUAGUGCACACUCUGCAGACCCUCAUCAGCUAUGGACAAUGGUAAAAGAGGGGCAAAUAAAGCAAUCGUCUCAAGAUCCUGACUCUUUAGACGACGUCGAGAGCUCUCUUAUGGAGUGUGACCCGCAGGAAAGAAUGGAAUUUACCGAAGAAAAGCUGUUUAAGGAAGGAGCGCAGUGUGGUAUCCCGUGGGCUACGCUGGUGACUCGAUCGCCUCAGCACACAUUACUGGUAGAGCGGAUGCACUCAGGCGCUCGCCGUUACAUAGUGCUUGACUUCGGUCAUCUUGUUCGUCUAACGGACGUGGUAAUACCAGCGUGCUCGGAUCUAGUGACCUUGUACAUUGAUAUAUGGACAGUGGGUGAAGAGACAGACUGCGUAAAAAUUGCGUACGCCACAGAUAUAAACACCAAACACCUUGUGCUCACCGACAUACAGCCUCCUCCACUCUGCAGAUAUAUGAAGAUAACAACGAUAGGGCGGUAUGGGAUGGCAGCAAUGAAGUGCAAGAUACCGCUGGGUUGGUUCUAUGGUCAAAUAGUUGAGAUCGCCAACGUUCAAGCCUCCGUGAGUGCGCUUAAAGCUCUGUACGAAGAUUUGUCGUGCAGAUUUCGGUUAGCGACCGGGAAGCUCAUUGACUUAUUGAACCCCUAUUUGGAUUUGUAUAAUGGAAAUGCAGCACACAUGAUGGCAUAUCUCAACCAGCCCAGUGAGUCCGACCCAAAAGUGAUUGCCGCGUACCAGGAGUGCAUAGAACUACAGCAGCAGCUGCACAACUGUAAUAAUAUAUUGAAACGACUGCAGAACACGCCGGAUUGUAAUGAAAAAGUACUGGAUAUGUUAGACAGGGGAAGGGUUACCCCAGAAGCACUGUUGGAAACUGCCUCUACGGAUAAAUUGAGGGUUAUAACAGAAAAUGUCAUUGAUUUGCUGUUAUAUUUCGUUUUCCAAAUGGAUGUGGAAUACAGUGGCGUAAGCGCCGAGUGGUGUUGGGGCGUGGCCCCUCUGUCAUGGGAGUGGGGCGGACGUUUCGCAGCGGGUGCAGGCGCGCUGUUGGCGCAAGUUUGCGGUGGCGCACGCUGGUGGGGUCCGUUAUUGGCGGACACUCUUGCUGAGCCGUUUGAGCGCAGAGAUGCACCUCCACAACCGCUGGACAGAUGCCUAGUAGCUGUGAUGUAUAUGGCAAGAAAGAGUAUGUACGCACACGGUUCGCGCAGUGGAGGCGUUAUGCACGCACUCUGCGCGCGAACAUUGGAACUCAUGCAGAGUCCGCGCCCGCAACCUGCACUUUUAGCUGUUAUGUUGACCGCACUGGCUUCUGUACUAGAUGCCGCUGUAUCUGCUAACACGAAUCCACCCACGAAGAGGAAUAAUAGAUGGGAUUGGGUGACGGGCGGAAAGGCGCGCCCGCAUACGUCGGAAGCUAACACUCCCUCCCCACGAUCCGCUGAGUGCAAGUUACACCGCCGCAAACUGCACAAGAAACUUUUACACCAAAUGCAGGAGUUGGAAGCUGCACGCCGAGGCAUACAGGUCGCUCUAGAGGAGCAGCAGCGUGCCCGUGUCAAUUUAAAAGCACGUAUGGCGAUGAUGUCCAAGCGUGGCGGCGGCGCGGGAAGCUCGGGUUCAUCAUCGGGGGGCCCAUCAAGCUCAACGAGUAAAGGUGAAGAGGGCGUGCGGCUGCUGAGUCCGGUUCUGGGUGGGACGUUGGCGCACGCGCUUGUGACGCACAUGUUAUCCAUGGAUUCUACACUGCUCGCUGAUCAUCUUCUGUUAUCUGCCAAGGUAGUGGGACGGUUGUGCGCACUUUGCGGAGACAUUUCGCUUUUGGCGCCUUCCUGUAUCCUCGGAUUGGCGCGCCUCGCUGUCACACUGCCGCCUUGGUCAAGGCACGCAGUCACCACACUGUUGCAGGAUCUAGUGGAACAAGAAUGUGGGGAACUACCGCUGAUGCCGAGCGACGAAUGGGGUGGAUCAGGGACGUCACGAGUCACCCGCGUAGUUUAUGAAGAGCAAGGCUUCGGCAAAUCUCUUGGAAAGACCAAGAAGCUCGUGACUGUUGCAGAUAAAUUAGCAGACAGUUUUGGGCUGGAGAAGACUUGGACCUACAACUUCACCAAGUCUAAAAUAAAUCCCGCAAAUUUGUUGAAAGAUAUGGACGAAGAUCCUGUGCCUCAACUACCGGAGUCUGACGACUCUGAAUCUGAAGAGAAACUGGAGCAAUACUUUUUUGAAGCGGGCAAAAAGGAGUCGAGGUUAAAGCCAGUUGGAGACGGAAGUAACUGCCUUUCAACGUGUGUGGACGCGCGUCUAGAGAAUGGCGCGGCGAGUGCCGGCGAAGCUUUCGCUAGGCGAGUAUUAGCAGCAACGGCCGCUGCCCUGCCCCUAGCACUGCGGGCGCCGCCAACUCGUCCCGUGCAAGACUCCCCAUCGGACACAACCCCUGCCGAUUCGCCUCAACAAGAACCCCCACCACAGUUACCGCUGCAUCCGCCACUCGCGCAUUCUUUGUACGACGUGUUCAGACACCUUGCGCUGGAGUUCCCCAAUCAGGUGGACUGCACAUUUUUGGAGAACGUUGUGUCUCUGUGGCUGAUACUUAACGGAUCGGCGUGGGGUGGAGCUUGGGCUCUCGGAGCCCUCACCGUGCCCGCAGACGCUCCUCGCGUGCGUCUUGCGUCUGACACAAUCGUCGCCAUUUUGCGGUCGCUCACACAAUUGGAACACGUAACAUUGAGAUGUUGGGUGUUAUCGAUGCAGGCUCUGGCGUGGAUUGCCACUUUACCUCUACAGACGGAAGGAUUGAUGCACACAAUGGCGCGCGUUAUCUUGGAAUGCGAGUAUUUUGUACCAGCGCUUGUUAAGUUCAUCUCCAUCGACGUGACAGCCGACGGAGCCGUUAUCACCUCUGAACCCUAUCUAGGUGGAGCAAGCAUAGGUGCCGGGGCCGGAGCCGCAUCCGCCCUCCAGUCUGUCCUGUCCCGGAUAGUGAAAGCGAGAGGCGCCGUGGGUGCCCUCGUAUCCCUCAGAGUACUGACCGCACUAUGGACCAGAUCUCCGAACCCCAACGUAACCCCACCCGUGUCGCAAUCGGCAUUAGAUUUACACGCGGCUUUGCUCAGAGUGGCUCACUCGUUGCUGCCAGCGCUUACGUAUAGGCAGGUCCGAUACGCGCUGCCCCUCAUCGAAGCUGUUGCUGACCAGUGCGGCUGGUGGGUACGCGAGAGCAGUGGCUGGCGGCCUGAAGCCGGGGGAGGGGGAGGCAACAACAACGUGCCGACGGGAGGGGAGGCGCGGCUUUCGGGCCUCCUUGCCGACGUGCUGGCUGGCAACACUCGCCGCGCGCCGCUGCGACGUGCCGUGUUACAGCACUUGUUGCUGUACGCGCGUCGCCUGCUGUCGUUGCCGCUUCCACCGCCGUCGACACCUACCGCUGGCGGCAGCGGUACUCAAUCGUCCGCAACAAGCCCCGGCGGAUCCAGCGGUGACAUGUCGCAGACAGAUGAGAGCAAAGCUCAGAACAGCGCCGUCCAGGAGGGCACCAACUUAGAAGACGAACGAAAACAGCAAGCCCCUAAGAUGCCCUGUCUCGCUGACACCGUGUUGCAAAAUCCUGAAAUCAUGCAAAAAUUCUAUAAGACGCUAUCUACGUGCGAUGGCAUGAACGCACUGGUAUUGACUAUGGGUAGUAACAGUGCAUGCGGAACAGAACAGUGGUCGCUGAAGGAAGAAGUGUUUUGGUUGGUGGCCAAAUUGCCCGCGCUCGCUGCAAACCCUACGCUUAUGCUGCCCAGCCUUAUGGAAUUCCUUAGAAAAGAUGACACGGUAAAGCUGUCACAGGGCAUGCAGCAAUUGCUCGUGCGCGCUUUAGAACGACCCGAGUUACUCGCCGCGUUCGUAGAUACGGGUGGGCUUGAACUGGCUCUCGACAAACUUGCGGCCUGCCACCAGGCGGGACCGAGUACCAAUCAAGGACUAGUGUCAUCUCUCAUGAAUCAUCUUAAACUGCCGCCACAACUGAUCAACAUGUCUAUACCUGCAUCCGGUAGUAAGAAGAGCCAACCACCUGUACUUGAAGCUGCGAACGGCCUUAUUAACAUCGCACCACUUUGUACGGUGUCGUGCGGCAAUCCAACGGCACAGGCAGCUGACGUGCUGCUAGGCGGCAGCGGUGCGACAGGCGCAUGCGCGGCGAGGCGAGUGCGAGCCGCCGCCUGGUCUUACCAUUUCUUCAGCGCUGACGAUGCGUCGCUCACUAUCACCAUCACCCUGCCCUACGCCGCUGCGCUUCAUGAAGUUCACCUACAGCCGCACCUCACUAGUCUUGCAACUUGCCCGGGUGCCGUCGGAGUAGAAGCCGGGUGCGGAGGCACGGUGGCCCCGCUCGGUGCGCCGCAGAACACGGCCGGCAUGACCUUUAUCCGGCUGGCGUUGGUCCGACCCGUCGUGGUCACGACCGUGACGUUGCGCCUGUACAAGCCACGCGAUAGUUCCAACAUGGGCCUUCUGCAGUUGCGGCUGCUGACCGGACCCGCCUUUGCUGCUUCUCCGGACCAGCAAGAGCGACAAGAAAACCGAUGGGCACGUAUAGUGUGGGAGUGCACGCGCACGCGGCUGGAGAGCAACCGCUGGGCGGCACUGGGCAGUGCGGGCGUGGUUAGCGCGUUAUGCUCGUGCGUGGUGGCCGGCGGCAGUGCGGCGCAGUACGCGCAUCGUGCGCUGCUGGCGGCAGCACGCGCCUCGCCCGCCCUCCGCGACCCACUCGUCACCGCGCUGCUGGGCAUGGACGCACAUGCACAUGCACACGCAUUCCAACCGAAUGCGGGCACGGGCACGGGCGGGCGCUGGGCGGGCAGCAUGGGCGGCGUGUGCGCGCUGGCGGCUGCGCUGUGCCGCUGGUGCCCGGAGGGCAGCGUGCACGCGUACGUGCGUUGGCUGGCCGCGUCCGCCGAGCGAGCACUGAGGGACCGCGCGCCGCCUUCCGCUGCGCUCGUGCAUACGCUCGCUGCGGUACUAUGGACACUUAAAGAGGAACGAAUUUUAGACCAUUUGGAAGAAAUGAUAACUGACGGCUUAUUUGAAUUAAUUUACACGUGGGUGAAGGACGUUCCAGAAACAAAUCUACUUAAAAAAUCGUUAGAUGCAGUAUUAUGUUCAAUGUGUUAUAUAAGGCCAGAGCUAUUCAAGCUUCUUCUAGAACAGAUGGAAAUUCCUAUGGAUACAGAUGAGAGUAUGGAGGGCCUAACAGAUGAUACUAAGGUACGUCGUCCAAUGCAAGCGUCCACGUCAAGGGAGAAUAUAGGUGCAUGGGAAGACAGGGGUAUGUUGGCACGACUACGAGGUUGGCAGCUACGUACUCUAGCUGCGGCUGCUAUGUCGCCUGCGGCAACUUUGACGCUACUGCACUGUCCGUUACCGGCGGCACUUGUACGCGCUGUGGCAGAUUUUAGUGAAGCGAAACUGGAAUCAAUUAUGGCCCAGACAGGAUCGCAAGAGGACGUUCACAUGGCUGACGUUGAGAGCAAAGAAUUUAAACGAUUACAAGAUUUACCAUCGAUGAAGAGUAUUUGCGACGUCGUGGAGUGGGCGCGACUGGUCUGCGCAGAGCGGCGCGUCAAAGAGUGGUUGGGCGGUGCUGGGGCAGUCUUUUGGCGACCGCUGCUAAAGCUCCUAUGCCACCCACGCCCUCAAUACAGUACAUGGCAAGAAAACGCGCAGUACGCACAGCUUGAAGAAAAUACAAUAAGGUUGUUUUCUGAAUUGACUGUGUGCCACACAGCCAACCAGAAGCUCUUCGCUUCUACGUUACACAGUAUUUUAGAGUCUAUGCAAUAUACAGGUCCAGAAGGUCUGUCUGGCUUCACACGAGCCCUCAUCCUGCGACUUGUGCUGUCGGGCGAGCGUGCAACAGUAGCGUUGCGCUGGGCCGGCGGGGUGGGCAACGUGGGUGGUGUGGGCAAUCCCGCCCUGCCACCUCACGCUGCACCACCACAUCCCGCCUCCGCACACCAUACCUUGCAUCUACCCCUUCACACCACAGUCCGGGUGCUGUUACAGGACCAUCGACCACAAGUGCCAUUGUUCGAAGAAGCGACACGGUUGUGCGCCAGUAACAGUUCAGGCUCUAACGGUACGGGGAGCUCCGGCACUGUUCUGCGCAGUGCGUCCGAUCCCGCCAUACUGACAGUGGCCGAGGCUUGGGAACUUUCUCUCGCAGCCGCGAGUGCCUCGAAGGACAAGCGCGUCAAAGAUGUGAAGAAUACCUCGCUGAAACAGCAGAGCAAUAAAAAAAGGCAGACCAAAGCUAGCAACGAUGCCAAUACGCUUUCUGUCACUGAUGAUAUAAUUGAGUCAACAAUACGGGUGCAAGUGGACGGGUUGGAGGGCUUCAUACCGCCAAGCACUACGCUCGCACAACUCACCGCCGCCGUGCCUCACGUGUUCGGACCACAUCUCACGCUCAACUUGCAUCUUAACACCAGUGGAGAUACGUGGACCGGCCCUAUGUGGGAAGGCGGCAGUGAAGCAGGUACUUCCAGUGGUACUUGCGCGGGUGGGACAGUCCUUCGCGAGUUCGGCGCGUGUGGUGGCCUGGCUUUAGUUGCCGCUCGCCUUCCCCGCCCGCACGCGGCACCCGCACCUCCCCCGGCACCGGCCGCGCAUCAUGACCUUGACUGGGUCAAAUUGGAUGACGCUUAUGAGGAGGUGGUAGAAAUGGGCGUUACCUCAGCCGGUACAGUCGGCGGGGCGAGUAGUUCUAGCAGUGAAGAAGCGAGUGGAUGCGCGGGAGUUCCAGCGCACGCACUUGUUGCACUGGCGCUGUUACUUAAACUGCCCGGAUACGCUGCGGCGUUGCUGGACGAGGGCGCACGCGCUGUGCAUCUGUUGCGACUGCUGCUUGGUGUGGCGCAUGAUGAGGAAGGACGUAACAUAGUGGUGGGCGGUGGCACCAACGGCAACGGCAACACCGCGUCGCUGGGCACGCUCCCGUUCCGCGUGGUCGCGCAACUGCUGGAAGCGGCACCGCGGGCCUCCCCCGCGGGACGCUCGUUGCGCCUCGCUUUACUGCAGCUGGGCGCCGUGAGACUCGUACUGGCCUGCCUUGCCGUGUUCACGCAUCAUCGCCCCACCGCACAGAAUAGUCAGAAUUCUAACGGUUCAAGCAAGGAAGGGCGAGAGGCACGCGAAGAAAAGGCGCAGUUGUAUUGGGCUAAAGGAACCGGGUUCGGGACAGGCUCCACCCAACAGAGCUGGAAUGUAGAACAAGCUUUAGUAAGACAACGCAUUGAGGAAGAACAUGUCACAGUAUUGCUGCAGGUAUUAGUAUCCUACAUGAACCCCGGGGAGAAGUGGCCUCCCGAAGAAAGCUCGCAAGAGGCGAGUGAAGACACCGACGAGAGCGAAGAGGGCGAUGCGCACGAGCUUCCGGCUGAGUUUAUCGACCUGGUGGCGGCCAGCUCGCUAGUUCCUGCUAUAUGCUCCUACCUCCGGAACGACUCAGUGCUGGAUAUGUCUAGACACAUCCCGCUGUACGUGUGCGUGCUGCGAGCGGUGCGUGCGUUACGUGCGCUGCGCUGUCGCCGCCUCGCGCCCUCGCUGCGAGCGCUGCCGAGGCUGCUAGCCAGCAUGAGUCGCACCACCAACUCCUACGCCACAAAGCUCAGAAUGAGUAAAAAGAACAUAUUUGGAAAGAUGACCUAUAGCCCAAGAUUUAGUACUUCAAGUACGUCGGAACUAUCUGAAGAGGACGAAGGACUCGCGUUGCUAAUUGCAGAUAUACAGGCCACGUCAGCACUGGUGUGCCGGACGGAGGGCGAGGCGGAGGGCGGCGGCAUUGCGCGGCCGCUACACGGCGCCACGCGAGAGGCCCGCUACAUCGAUCUCAUGCGCACCAUGCAAUUUGAAACCUUUGAGAUGAUGGCGGAAAGUGCUGAGGGCGGGUUCCGGUUUACGGUGCCGUAUCAUUUCGAGGGCACGGUACGCGCGGCCGGCGAACGUGCUCAUCCGGCCCGCAUGAAGCGCCUCGCUCAGGAGGCUGCAACUCUGGCCACCAGUCUUCCGCUCUCCUACUCCUCCUCAGUGUUCGUACGCACCGACACCGACCGCCUUGACGUCAUGAAGGUGCUGAUAACGGGCCCGUCGGACACGCCGUACGCGAACGGCUGCUUCAUCCUGGACGUGUACUUCCCGGCGGAGUACCCCGCGGUGCCCAUGCUCAUCAACCUGGAGACCACGGGCCGCCACUCGGUGCGCUUUAACCCUAACCUCUACAACGACGGCAAGGUGUGUCUGUCCGUGCUCAAUACGUGGCACGGCCGCCCCGAGGAGAAGUGGAACGCACACACGUCCAGCUUCCUACAGGUGCUAGUGUCGAUCCAGUCGCUGAUACUGGUGCCGGAGCCGUACUUCAACGAGCCGGGCUACGAGCGCAGCCGCGGCACGCGCGUCGGCAACAGCGCCAGCCUGGAGUACAACUCCAACAUCUACCAGGCGUGCGUGCGUUGGGCCAUGCUCGACCACUUGCGCGCGCCCGAGUCCUGCUUCAAGGAGGUAAUUCAAACGCACUUCUGGAUAAAGCGCAACGAAAUAAUGCAAACUGUGGCCAACUGGAUCACGGAACUGGAGGGACAGACGGGCGACGAGCGUACGCAGCGCAGCAUACAACUCAACCUUAUGGCUCUCAAGCGGCAUUACGUGAAACUGCAAGAGGAGCUGUCCAGGUUGCCAAUGCCGCCUGGGCUCGAGGACCUGGAUGAGCCAUUCCAGCUACCCGCUCUACCUCCGCCCACGCCAGUUGCGACCGCCGCGUCCGUUGCUGCCCUCGCCGCCACUUCUGCCGCGCCCGCUGUCGCUCCCGAGCCCGAGCCUGAGCCCGCGGCCGCGCCCGAUCCCGCACCGCCGCCUCCCGCCUCCUCUGACGAGAUCGACCACGACAUGGAGAAGAUCGUCGCGCAAGUACUCGACUGAGCCACCUCGCCCGCACCGGUCCCGCAUAGAAUUUCCCUGCGACGCGCACGAAACGGUUUUCCGCGGACGCGUACAACAAUCGUACCCGUUAUUGCGUCAAUUUGCAUCGGAAAACGGGAGAGAAGCGUUUCGUGUCGUUCCGUAGUUUUACACUGUAUCCCGUGAAACUCUUGUACAAAUUGUUUGAAGCUAUUAUCCCGACGACCGACGUGUGUACCGCGCACCCCACCACGAGAUGGACACGUUGCGUGCGGAUGACGACGCAUUCACCCCUGCGUACACUUAGAUAGACUUGAGGCGCAAUUGCGUUUUUCAUAUUUAUUAAACACACGCGCUUCACUGCGCGUUUAUUGUUUAGGUGUUAAUAUGGUUUAUUCGUAACAGAAUUUCCUUUUAUUUUUUAAAGUGAAACUUCUUUAGGCUUGAUAUUUUGAGAACAGUUGGGAAAAAAAUUUAACAUGUUGAUGCCAGUCUACCUAGACAAGGAUCGAACCGAUCUAACACAACCUAAUAUGAAUUUGAGUGUAACACAUAAGCGUAUGAAAGUAAGCCGAUGAAGUUUCACUACUUUCGCGAUCGUACAUUUUACGGAUGCGCGCAUUUUUUUUUUAUAAAUAUUUUUAAUAGCGGUAUACAUAGAUUAGUUGACCUUCUUCGUUUAGUUUAACGUAUUGUGAUACUAUAAGGGGCUCACUACCCAGUAAGGUAGAUAAGAUGAAGUACCUCCAGACCGGGACGUCGUACAGUAGCUUCGGUUGUCUUCGGCACGCAGCGUGGUUCGCUGGGAGCGUUUCGAGUGAACAGUUUGGUAGGAACCCUGUCCUGAACACAAGAUUUAUUUAUUCUGCACCGUGACUACGUGUCGCUAUAUCGCGCUGCCUGUACACUUGACUCGCUCGAGCGAGCACCGGCUCCGACGGGCACUAACCGCUCAAGUAAUCGUCUGUCUCGCGCGCUUAUUAUGACUGCGUGUCGCUAUAUCACGCUGCCUGCACAUUCACACUGGGCUCGCUCGAGCGAACACCGCCUGAUGGACGCCAACUUAAUCUCUUUCUCGAGCGCUGUUCAUGAUAACGUGUCGCUAUGUCGCGCUGCCUGCACACUAGGCUCGCUCGAGCAAACCGGUUCUGACAGACGCUCGCCGCGUCCGCUGUUUCGCUCGAGCGACGCUGUCCAAACUGUAUGUAUAUUAAAUUAUAAUUUGAUGUAUAUAAACUUUCAUUGUGUUUUUAUUUUUUGUAUUUAAGAAUAUAUUAUAAUAUACGUAUCGCGAUAUACUCCUUUUAGGGCACUCCCGCAUCGCGCGACGGAGUUAAGAAAAUAUAUAAAUUAGUACAGUAGUAAAUUAUGUACAGGCCUAGCCAAAGUUUUGUUAAGCCGAUACAGGCGUGGCAUAAAUAUUAGACAACCUCACAUUUUAAGACUGUGAAGCUGCAACUACACGUGUAAUUUUUAAUUACCUGGCAAUUAUUGAUAAAUACAUUCCUAAGGAUUGCCUAACAUUGCGUUUCAUUACAUAAAUUAUUCUGUAUUGCCCUUUCCUCAUUCGACAAUUCGGAAUUCGGAAAGAUGACUAAAUAUACAGCCAAAUUUUGAAACUAGAUACUUUUCGUCCCAUCAUUGUUUUUCCAAACGUAUUCAAUGCCUUAAAACAUUGGAAAAAGAAUAGUUUCCUGUGUAAUUGCACUUUACUUGCAAUUCUGGCGGGAUUUUGAUUUUUAGAGUAUACUUUGUACCAAAUAAGUUUUUUUUCUUGUAACAUCUUCCUUAGUUUUAUAUAAGGUAUUAGUAAGUAUACGUCAUAAAAAAACAACACCAGUUUCACAAAAAUGAUUUUCCUGUGGAGUCUUAAAUUUACAAUUUAUUUCAUUAUUAAACUAAUUAAAAAAUGAUUCAAUUAUUUACGUCACGCCCUGUUUAAAUCGGUUUCGUUUUUAACAAACGCGGUGCAUUCGCCCUUGAUAUCGAUGGGCGACAAACAAUUGUAUAUGUACAUACGUAUAUAAAGCAUCAUUUUAGCUCACGCAUUGUCUCGCUGUACUUUAAUUGUCGGGUAAGAUAGACGUAGGACGUUUACUUUGUUAUAUACCUACAUGACUGUGAACUUCGGGAUGUAAAUAAAAAUUUAUGUUAUUGCA